UAAUGUGCAAAGAAAACUAUAACUAAGAUUGCGUCAAACUUUAAUGGUAAAUUUUCCAUUAAGGAAGCUAAACUGCGAAAGUAUUAAACUAACUGUUCUCAUUUUCUCAUAAUGGUUCAACAUGAAAUCAAUAAAAAUUGAAUACAAAAGAUGCGCAUAAUUACAGUGAUUCUCUUUUAACGUGAGAUCGCUUUAUUGUUUUCAUCGGUCAGCUUUUGAAUUCAACUAUUGUAAAAUUAUUGAAAGAGAAAAUCCAAAAUGGAUUCAGAUUUGAUAAAUAGAGCAAACGAGGAAAGGCAGAAAAUAUUUGAACGAUAUGAGCUUGGAAGAAAAGCACCGGUUGAUCCUUGGGAAGAUCCUGAAUUUAAUGUUUACACAAUGGUUGAUCGGUAUGGAUUUGUUCAUGAUCAAAAAUUUCCAUCACCCCAAGAUGAUAAAAAGACGAUUGAAAAAAGAUUAGAAGUUUUAGUGCAACGUGAAAAAAAAUGGAUCAAAAUGCUCAGUAGAUGGGAGUCAAAGUCAACAAAAGAGAAAUUAGCAAAACGAAUUUAUAAAGGGAUUCCUGAUAAAGUGCGCAACGUUGUGUGGUCAGAACUAUUGAACCUUCGUACUGUAAUGAGUGAUAAAACAAAUUUAAAUAAAUAUCAAAUGAUGUUGAAACUGGCAAGACUUCAUGGAACUGAAGCUAGACAAAUCGAUUCGGACGUUAAUCGUCAGUUUCGGGAGAAUAUUUUCUUUCGUGAACGUUAUAACUUGAAACAACAGCAAUUAUUUAAUGUGUUAGUUGCCUAUAGCGUUUAUAACAGUGAAGUUGGGUACUGUCAAGGAAUGAGUACUCUAGCGGGCAUGCUGCUUAUGUAUUUGGGAGAAGAAGAGACAUUUUGGGCUCUUAAUAUCCUUUUGACUGAUAGAAAAUUUGCAAUGCACGGUCUCUUCAUUUUAGGAUUUCCUAAACUCACAAGAUUUCUUGCACAUCAUGAUGCAAUUCUAGCAAGAUUCCUGCCUAAAUUAAAAAAGCACUUUGAUCAGUGUAAUCUUGAUAGCAUUCUAUACUCAUUGAAAUGGUUUUUUGUUAUUUUCAUCGAGCGAGUACCAUUUAGCUUAUGUUUGAGAAUUUGGGAUAUUUAUUUAUUGGAAGGAGAGAAAGCUGUUACAGCAAUGGCUUACGCUGUAUUGAAAAUCCAUAAAUAUAAGCUGAUGAAACUAAAGGACAUGGAUUCUAUCGUUCACUAUCUCCAAGUGAAAUUAGCUAAAGAUUUCGGUUAUGACGAUGAUUUCGUUAUUAAAUCUUUAGAACAAUGUUCAGAAGAAUUAAGAAAAGCUAAAAUGGAACUACCUCCGCCACCACCUGAGAAUGAAUUUCCUCAAAAACCUUUUGGAAUUAUCGUAGAACCAACAAAAGAUGAAAAGAUUGGCCACCGAAAGUCUGAUUUUACAGAAAUUGAAAAGGAAGUGACCGAAAAUGUGAUUAAAUCUCGAGAACAAGUCACAGCAGAUUUAGAAAAUGAUGCAAAAUCUAUCGAAGUGGGAAUAUGCAAUUCGAACAGUCAAUUGAAUACAGUCCAAAGACCAGAAUCUGAAGAUGGAGGCUCUUUACUAGGAAGUUCAAAACGUUCCCUCGCUGAUACAUCUGUAACAUCAACAGCGGAUUUGAGUGUUUUCUCAGGUGGCGAAAAACGUUCAGUGUUACAGCAAAAAAAUGAAAACAUUCCCGACAAUAGCUUAAAAGCACAUCAUCUCAAUUACAGUAGUGACAUUGAUUUAAAUAAUACGGUUUGUGAUGAUGAUGCGGAGAAUGGUGAAAGUAGUUCGAACUCGAUGGCAAAAAGCUCUUCAACUAUUCAGAUAUUCCAAAAAGCUCAAAUGUCUUCAAUGCCAACAAGUGAUUCGAAACGUAAUGAAAAUUCUACAGCUAUUCAUGCAGCAAAGUCGCAGGAUAUUGUAAGAAUUUACGUGCCACCUGCUGACGACAUGCUAAGUUCUACGAAAUCAAAUUUUGAACGCGAUCGUUGUGAAGACAAUGUUAGUCAUUGUUCAAAUCGAAGUUCCAUCAUUCAUGUUGAAUAUGAAACAUUACCAUUCGAAUGUGAUUUGUCAUCAUUUGAAACACCAGGAAAAUCGUCUUCACAAUCGCCACAACAACAGAAGUCACCGCCUUUCAAAAAUGACCAAUUGUCUCAUGGUGCUAACAAGAUUCAACCACAGCAAUAUUAUUAUUAUCCAAAUCCUAAUCAAACACUUUAUCAAUCUUCUUCAUCAAGGCGAGGCUCAAUGAGCCGGAAAACUCCUUCCCCUCUCCUAAAUGAAAUGAUUAUUGAAUGUGAUCACAUAAAGAUGCGUCGUUCACAGGAGAAUAUCAACGAAGAAAAUUCAAUCAAUUAUUCAGUGCAGGCAAGCAAUAAAAUUCAUCAAUUUUAUAAUAAUAACAACAAUAAUAGUAAUUGCUCUCUUAAACGGAUGACGUCUUUUGAAGAGCUUGCUAAAAAAUCGGACAGCAAUUCAUUGUUGUAUAUUCACGAAACGUCUCAAGACAAUAAUUCAAGGCUUUAUCAUCCAUCCAGUGCAAAACCGAAGAGCGAUUAUAACAUUUGCUACAACUACAUGCAUUUGGACAAUCGUGAUGAAUUUGAAAAUUCAAAAAUCAAACAUCAGCUUAUGAUUAAAAAAUCAUCCUCGCACAGUUACAACAUCAGACGAAGCGAAAGAAAACACAGUAGUAGUGAAAACAGCCCAUUUGAUUAUGAUCUGUUAAAAGAACGACGAAAGGAUAACACAUUUCUGUAUGACGAUGAAAUCGAUGGUCGACCAAUGGAAACAAAUGAUAAUUCAAUUAAAUCCUAUGAUAGAUUUUUCAAUUCAGAUGAUGAGAUUGAUGACGAUGAAAUUCGUCACCAUCGGAUAUCAAAGAAGAUACUUCCAUCAUCAUCAUCAAAUUAUUUACGUCAUAAAUCGAAAAUACCGCGACCAAAUCGUAACGGAAAUAAUAACAAUUCAUUGAGAAAAAAAUCUUCGGUAAGUUCGCCGGAAAACUCUGAAAAAAGUGAUGGCUAUCAUACCUCAAUUAAUCGUUAUGAUAGUCAAAAUUCACAAUCUAUUAUAAAUCAAUCAUCUCCAACAUACAAUGAAAGUUCAACUGACCGUAGCAGCAACAAUAGUCACAGAAUAAAUAACAAAAUACGAAUUAAAAUUAAUCAGAAAAAUUAA